GUUACUUCAACCGGUAAGACUGCACUGCGGACCAAUACAAGUAAGAUACUAAGAUACCCUUUCUGUUUUCAUAAGUUAGCGAAUUAUCAUAAAAAUGGCACUACAAAGGUUUAACAAAUGACAGAAAUUAAGCUUCAGGCAGUGGUGGGACACUUGAGCAAUGCAACUUGGUCUUAUGAUGUGAAAAGAAUGGCUGUAAACAGCGCCCCCCAGAGGUCAAAACCAUUUUACCACACUGCUGAUGAUCACUUUCAAAAUUCAAAAAAUCCAAGUGACUGAUUUUCAUCUGCCUUCACAUAAGCCCCUUAAAAAAAUAACCUGUGAAUAAUUUGGUAAGUUUGAAAGAAUUUUUUUUUAAAUUAUGCGACAGGUAUAAAUGGGUGUAAUUUAUCCAUUCUUUGAUUCAAGGAAUGCAUAAAUGGAUUUGCAUCUCGGACAGAUUGGUGGCACUACAGUGCUGUUACUGCAGAGAUGAAACCUACAAAAAAACCAGGGCAUUGACAACCCUUGUGAUAAUUUUGAAAAUACUUUAUUGUUUUAGAUGCAUAGUCUCCAGCUGGCCUCCAAAUAAUAUAUAAUAUCCUUGCAUAGUAGUUAAAGUUAAAAUUUUAUAUUACAGAAGAUAUCGUCCAAUAUUUACCAAUAAUAUACACAGUACUAAUUAUCACGAGUUCUGUUUUUGUUUUUGGGUGCUUUUUUUUUUUUUUACAUUAAUAGAAUUCACAAGGACAUUUUCAACCACUCGCCAGCAUUCCUCCUCGCUUACAAACACUGAACCAAAUACAGCCCAGCCAACAACUUCAAUCAUACAAAUCAUCCUCUUGUAUCCAUCCUCCAUGCUUCCAGUAUCAGCUUCCAGCCUGGAGGAUGGAUACAAGAGGUCUAUCACUUUUAAUAAUUUGCAUAUUCUCAGUAUUAGACAAAACAGAACAAAACUAAAGUAAAACUAAAGAUCAAAUUUGCUCAUGAAAAGUAUUCAUCUUGUUCAGUUUUAGAAUUGGUUUCUGUUUGAAAAAAGCAUGUCAGUUUUAUCCUCAUCUGGCUUUAUCUUCCAAUUCCACUAAGAUGACCAUUCUCACCUCUGUCCUCAUCCUACAGCUACAGAUAGUUCCUGUAACAUUAUUCAUACGGAGGUUGAAAAUGCGUAGUGAGUAGGUUUUCUAAUUAGAUUCUGGGAUAAAAUACUGUAUUUGUAUUUUGACAAUCUUGUUAUAUGUUUCAGAGAACACCAGAUCUGAGGGGUGUGAUGCCACUGUUGUAAGUUACAGCAGUUUAUUUCCCAUUAUUUGGUAAUAACUCUACAGCCAUUGCUAUCGCUGGUAUAGAGUUAGCACCAUAAGUAUUUGGACAAUGACUUCAUUUUUGUUAUUUUACUUCAGUACACAAAUACAUAAAAAUCAAACGGUCAAUGUGAGAUUCACGUGUAGUUUCAGCUGUAAUUUAAAGGGUUUAAUAAAAACGUUUGCAUUAACUGUUUAGGAAUUACGGCUGUUGUAUACAUAGUCCCCCAUUUUCACAGGCUCAAACUAAUUCAAACUAACAUAAUUUUAGAUGUCAGGACUGUUUUUCUUACUUGGAUGAAAAACGUUUGCGGUCAAGGACUGCCUGAAUUCUAGAGUCCAUAGGCUUCACCAAAAGUUAUAUUUCCUCCUAUUGUGGCACACCCAAAAUGUUAUUAUUUAUUAUUUAUUUUAUCACAUGGACUGUACAGAAGGACAGAAAAAUGGAGCAACACCUCAGGUGGAAGUAUUAUUUAAAGGCAGGUGCGCCCCAGUUGCUUUAGGGGGAUGGACUUCCGCCAGAUUCAAUCUGGAAGGCAAACCGAGUGCACCGUGUCUUCAUUGCUCCUGAACUUCACCUGUAUCUGCAGGUUAGUACUUGGUAUAAAAAAAAAAUGCUACCACCAUCUGUUACGUAGCAAGGUUUCAUCUCCAUGCUAAGUUGUAAAGAAGUAUGACUGUAUUUGUAACAGUUACGAGCAGCCCCGCGUGGACCUCCAUCAGUCUGAGACAGCGGGGUCAGGCUGCGCAGGCCGCUACCAGAAACGGCCUGGUAUUGUGGGUCGUUUACGCCCAGAGCAUUGUCUUGCAGGAAGGUCAUGCGUAUAGAUUUGUUUUCUUUUCAUUAUGAAGGUUGGCACUCCCGCACACUAUUUUAUAUAAAGUUUUUGAUACAAACAUGUUUUAUUCCUUAAGUAUAAUUGAGGUUUUUGCAAAAGUAUGAAGCUGUUUAAUAUGUGACUCCUAAUGAGUUGUGAAAUAGAUGGAAGUUGCACACGGUAUAGAGAAGUAAGUUUCAUGUUCAGUGUGCUGUAAAAGAUGUUUAUUUUUGAUCAGUUUCAGUAUUCAGAACAGGUACAGUUAUCCACUUUAAUUUCAACCAGAUAAGAGUGUGGUUUGCCUUAAAUACAGUUGAAUAUUGCUGUAAAUUCACUGUAAACUUACAGUGGCAUUUAAUCGCUUAAGCAAGCAGGGAUUUCAUCUUUGUUAUUGUGGCACCAUUCCUGGGGCCCGUAACAUUAUAGUUUAGUAUUUUAUGGCUUUGGCAUAUAUGGCUGCUACAGGUAUUAACUAACUUAUCUUCAUUGAUGAUGUAACUGCUGAUGGCUGAUGGAAGUUGCAGAAUGGAAGAUGGAAACAUCUGCUCAUGUUCCAGUAAAUGCCUGCAAACUCAUUGAAUAACUCUUCAUCCUGCAACAAGAUAACUUACUGCUAAGGCAACACAAAAUUUUCUCAAGCCCCAAAAGGUUAGUCACCUGAUAGAUAGACUUGAUGUCUAUCUAUCAUCUAUGACAUCUAUGACAGCUGGCACUGCAUGCAAGGGAUAUGCAACAAAGUAUUAAACAUGACUGCAUUCAUGUACCUACCAUUACUUUGUCCCAAGCACUGUUGUGCCCUAAAAUGAGGUGGCAAGUGUUGUAAUUGAUAUAUGGUGGAACUAAAAUGUAUGUUAAUGAUUAUGAAUUAAAGUUCAGAAUGUGCACUUUAAUGACAUCUGCACUGUUUGGUUUAAAUUUUGACACUGAGAAGCACAUUGUGGCUUUACCAGACACUGAGUCAGAGUAACAGGAAAAGUUGUCAGAAACCACAGAAAUGUCACUCACGUUACCAAAGAACUGACACCCGCUCAGAGAAGAUGACCUUGCACAAUGUAGAACAGUAUUAAAUUUGCACCAUGAAACCCUUUCACUUUCCUGUUUUGACUACAUUUUUAUAUUUUAGUUUUCUCUGUUCUAUUUUCUUUUUCAAUUUUCUAUAUGUUGGUAAGAAUGAUGGGUUUUGAAAAGCCACCAGCUUGACAGAUGUUGGAUGUAUUACUAUUUACUACAUACACUCUUUAUUUUGUGAGCCAACUUAUGUAAAAUUACUGAUUUACAUAUGAGGAAGAAUAACAGAAACUGAAGUGACAGCUGCAUAUAAGGAUGAAAAAAAGGAAGUGGAGCUUACACUGUUUUUUCUGUUCAUUUAUCGAUAUGGCUCUCUAUGCCAGGAUUAUUUAUAUGUUGACUGGACUAACAGGAGUUCACAGUAUAACUACAGUCAGUAAAGUCUCAGUGAAAACUGGGAAAUCUAUCUCCAUCCCAUGUCUCUAUGAGUCCCAAUACAAAUACCAUGUGAAGUACUUGUGUGAAGGAUAUUAUUGGAACUCCUGCAGUGAUGUAGUAAAAACAAACACAGCAGACCCUUCAGGAAAAUAUUCAAUCUCUGAUGACAAAAACCAGCAAAUUUUCACUGUGACUAUAAACCAGCUGGCCUAUGAAAACACUGACUACUGGUGUGUGGUGGAGAUUAAUAAUGGAGCAGAUUAUCAAAAAUAUUUUAAACUGUCAGUUACCAGUGGGACCCCCAGUCUCUAUGUGGAUCAUCAGAUGAUUACAGGAUACAUUGGAGAAAGCAUAACCAUCAGAUGUCACCACAGUAUUGGUGUGCUAAAGGGGACAUUCAGAUACCAGUAUAUUUAAAUGUUACUGAGAAACCAAUCACCACCACUGCCUCUACUGUUGCUCAAGUUACUGGAAAUGGAACAAUUCACACAUUUGAAGACAAACAAGAAAGAGUUCCGUUUGACCUAAAGAUCCUCAUCAUUCCUCUGAGCCUGCUGGUCGUGGUUGUAAUUGUAGCUUUUCUUAUCUGGUUUAUAAUAAGACAAAAGCUGAGAAAAGCAGAAUCAACUCCCACAGCAAAGAUUGAUGAGGAAGUGACAUACGCCAGUGUAAGAAAUGUGGGAAGAAAAACAGCUGAGGGGUCAUUUACAGAAGGUGAUGGGGAAAUCACAUACAGUUCGGUUGUGACCAUAAAGAAUCAAAGUAUCAAAAUGGGUGAAGAAAAAGGCACAGAAGUUACAUACAGCACAUUAGCUACUCUCCACUGAAAUAUUUAAAUAUUAUAACUUGGCAACUUUUUUGUCACGUUUAACUGUUGUUUAACAAACUAUAUUCCUAAAGUAUAUUCCUGCAUAUUUGCAAAGGGAGUCAAAGAAGCGUUGAUCUGUUUGCUCUUUUAUAGAGAUCAGUGACAUUAUUCUUGUUUUUUAUUGUAAUAAAGAAGCAUUGCAAGCAUCAACAAUAAUGGCUAAUCCUGACUUCUAUCAUCUUUGUUGAAUGAGAGUGGAAUGAUAUACUAUUUGGAACGAUUAAGCAUGCAGUCUGCCUUUACGUACAUUUUUUAAACAUAAAUAUGUGUGUAAUGAGUCAUUCUAAAGAGCUCACUAAAUCGGUACUGCAGUGGUAUUGUAAUAGGAUGCCACCACUGCAACAAGUCACUUUGUUAAAUUUCCUAGACAUUUCAGAAUCAGCUGUAAGUUAGAACAGUUGUGCCAUCUUCCUGAUGCAAUCAUGGAUAUUUGUUGUUUCAUCCUGGACACGGUUCUGACACACACAUCCUCAGCCUCCUUCCUUCCACUUAGCCUACAGUCUCAGGGUGCUAUAUUUGGGACUAAAACCCUCCAUGCAUAGGACAGAGUCAGUGGCAUCUAACUUCUCCUUUGCCCAGCUUAUUAACCCAGCAGGGUAUUUGAUGACUUGCAUGGUGUAGGUAUUAAUAACCCAGGAUUUGUUGUUUCCAUUCAGCUGAGUCCUCAGGACUUGACUUACACUCUGGAGGUAUUUGGUGGUUGCGGCCUUCUUAGUAACAUCUUCAUGGUUCCCAUUUGCCUGUGAGAUUCCACCGUACUCAGGCUACGUUCACACUGCAGACCUUAAUGCUCAAAUUCAAUUUUUUGUCUGCUU